CGACAUGCCACAGUUAAAUGCUCCGAGCAAACGGAGGAGCAGGGCAGUGUGGUACAGAGCUAGCCCAGGCUGGGAGGCAGGACCAUGGCUGGCAAGAAGGUCUGCAUCGUGGGCUCAGGGAACUGGGGCUCUGCUAUUGCCAAGAUUGUGGGUAGCAAUGUGGCCCAGCUGGCACAGUUUGACCCACAGGUCGCCAUGUGGGUGUUUGAGGAGGAAGUUUCGGGCCAAAAGUUAACAGAGAUCAUCAACACGAAGCAUGAGAAUGUCAAAUACCUACCUGGGCGCAAGCUACCUCCUAAUGUGGUGGCCAUACCAGAUGUGAUCCAGGCGGCAGCAGAUGCAGAUGUUCUCAUUUUCGUGGUGCCCCAUCAAUUCAUUGGCAAAAUCUGUGACCAGCUCAAGGGUCAUCUGAAGGGAAAUGCCAUUGGGGUGUCUCUUAUCAAGGGUGUGGACGAGGGCCCUGAUGGGCUGAAGUUGAUCUCUGAGGUGAUCCACGAACGACUGGGCAUCCCCAUUAGUGUGCUGAUGGGGGCCAAUAUUGCCAAUGAGGUGGCUGAUGAGAAAUUCUGUGAAACCACCAUUGGCUGCAAGGACCUGGCCCAAGGGCAGCUGCUGAAGGAACUGUUGCAAACACCAAAUUUCCGAAUAACUGUGGUGCAAGAAGUGGACACAGUAGAGAUCUGUGGGGCCCUCAAGAAUGUGGUUGCUGUUGGAGCUGGCUUCUGUGAUGGGCUGGGCUUUGGUGACAAUACAAAGGCUGCUGUGAUCCGGCUGGGACUCAUGGAAAUGAUCACCUUCGCCACAUUCUUCUGCAAGGGCCCCGUCUCCUCAGCUACCUUCCUGGAAAGCUGUGGGGUUGCUGACCUCAUCACCACCUGUUACGGGGGUCGGAACAGAAAAGUGGCUGAAGCCUUUGCCCGAACUGGAAAGUCUAUUGAACAACUGGAAAAAGAGAUGCUGAAUGGGCAGAAGCUUCAGGGGCCCCAGACAGCUCGGGAGCUGCACAGCAUUCUGAAACACAAGGGCUUGGUGGACAAGUUCCCCUUGUUUAUGGCCGUGUACCAGGUGUGCUAUGAGGGUCGCCCAGUCCAGAAGUUUAUCCACUGCCUCCAGAACCACCCAGAACACAUGUGAAUAGCGCAGGCAGGGCGAGGUGACUGAAGAUCCCCAGCUUCCUGAACCUGACUCCAGGGCAGGAGGCCCCAGGGCAUUCUGGGCCCUGAGAACUUUUCCAAGACUUCACAGUUGCUCACCCUCAUCUCAGUUGGAGGCCAAAUGAAACCCAAGCAAUUUACCUCA